CCUCUGAAAGUCCUACCAAUCGAGUCGAGCCCCGGGCAGCGGGGCCACGAGGGAAGAGGCCCUUGGAGACAGUGUGACUUUGGCCACCUUUGACUCUCCUGCUGCCCUCUAUCAUUCCAAGUUCGGGUUGGAUUUAGAAAUCUGAGGAGGAAGAAACGUAGGCCCGAGAGUUGGGAAGCAGAGGGCAUGGCAUGCAAGUUCGUAUUUCCUCCGAGGGCAAAGAUCGGUUAUCCCAAAAUCGUGUAGCCAGAGCAUUUAUUGUGAGCUGCCAGAUGGCUGGCGCCUGAGCUUACUCGUUUUUACACGCCUGUAGGCCGACUACGUGACCUAUGGGAGUAAACGAGUGUUGAGCAAGGGAAGAAACUCACCUUGAACGAUUCCAGCCUCAGCUUCAGAUAUCACUUUAGAGGAUAAGAAUUCCGCUUCAUGCCGCAUGCUUUCCCUCCUAGAGUUUGCCAUGAUUUGGGUUUCAGUUGUUAAGUGCUUCGAAGGGAGGCCAUUGCCAUGGACAUGGAUCCCUUUCUUCACUGCGUGAUCCCAAACUUCAUCCAAAGCCAAAACUUUUUGGAAGGGCUUCAGAAGGAACUUUUGAACUUGGACUUCCAUGAAAAGUAUAACGAUUUAUAUAAGUUCCAGCAGUCGGAUGAUUUGAAGAAGAGAAGAGAGCCUCACAUCUGUGCUUUAAGGAAAGUUCUGUUUGAAGAUUUCCGGACUUGGCUUGCUGACAUUUCCAAGAUUGACCUGGAAUCAACUAUUGACAUGUCCUGUGCUAAAUAUGAAUUCUCUGAUGCCCUCCUCUGCCACGAUGAUGAGCUGGAAGGGCGCCGGAUCGCCUUCAUUCUUUACCUGGUUCCUCCCUGGGACAGGAGCUUGGGGGGCACCCUGGACCUGUAUGACGUUGAUGAACACUUCCAGCCGAAGCAGAUCGUCAAGUCUCUUAUCCCUUCAUGGAACACACUGGUUUUCUUUGAAGUGUCUCCAGUAUCCUUUCACCAGGUGUCCGAAGUCCUAUCUGAAGAAAAGUCACGUUUGUCUAUAAGUGGCUGGUUCCAUGGUCCUUCACUGACCCGGCCUCCCAACUACUUUGAACCUCUCAUACCUCGGAGCCCUCACAUCCCACAAGAUCAUGAAAUUUUGUAUGAUUGGAUCAACCCUACUUAUCUGGACAUGGAUUACCAAGUUCAAAUUCAAGAAGAAUUUGAAGAACGGUCUGAAAUUCUCCUAAAGGAGUUCCUUAAGCCUGAGAAAUUUGCAGAGGUCUGUGAGGCUUUGGAGAAAGGAGACGUGAAAUGGAGCAGCCGAGGUCCCCCUAACAAAAGGUUUUAUGAGAAAGCUGAGGAGAGCAAGCUUCCCGACAUUCUGAAGGACUGCAUGGAAUUGUUCCACUCCGAGCCUCUGUUCUUGCUGCUCUCCAACUUCACAGGCCUGAAACUCCACUUCUUGGCCCCUUCAGAAGAAGAUGAGGUGGCAAACCAAAAAGAGGGAGAAGGAGCCUCUGCGGCCGAUAACCGUGAAGAAGGGACAAGCCAUAGGUCCCCUGGGCCAGAGAACCAUCAGACAGCCUUCUGCAAUAACAGCCAGCAGAGCCAGGGACAGACAGACCCAGAGUCAGAGGAAAAUGAAGCAAAGGAAGACUCAAAUGUUCCCACAUGCCAGGGAGAACUGAGGCGUUGGAAGACUGGUCACUACACUUUGAUCCAUGACAACAGCAAGACUGAAUUUGCCCUAGACUUACUCCUCUACUGUGGCUGUGAAGGCUGGGAGCCAGAAUAUGGUGGCUUUACUUCCUACAUUGCCAAAGGUGAAGAUGAAGAGCUGCUAACAGUGAAUCCAGAAAACAACUCUCUGGCACUGGUCUACAGAGACAGAGAGACUCUGAAAUUUGUCAAGCAUAUUAACCACCGAAGCCUCGAACAAAAGAAAGCCUUCCCAAAUAGAACCGGUUUCUGGGACUUCUCAUUUGUCUAUUAUGAAUGACAGGGCUGGGCAAAGCUGAAGGAAAGAGACCCUCGGGACUGGGAAGCAUGCAGGAGCCACAAGGUGACCUGUGUGACGGUGUCCUUAAAAUCUGUGUGUGGUAGGACUCAUCAUCACUGUCCUCAAUCUAGACCUUGAGCUUGGAGCCAGGUACUUCUCUCUUGAUUAAAAAAAAAGGCUUGUCUUUUUUUUUUUAUUUUAACAUUGAGUUUUUCAUUUUCCAUAUGAUCUUCCUUAGUGAUUUUUUAAAAGUUUUUCUGUGUGGUAAAAUAUACACAACAUCAAGUGUACCAUUUUAACCAUUUUUAAAUGUACACACUUCAGUGACAUUCAGUACAUUCACAUGGUUGUGCACCCGUCACCACCAUCCACCUCCAGAACCUUUCCAUCUUCCCGGACUGAAGCUCUGUCCCCGUGAAAGCGUAGCCCCCCUCCCCCAGCCCCUGGCAGCCCCCAUUCCACUUUCUUUCUGUCUCUGUGUUCACAGAAGUGGAACAAUACAAUAUUCGUCCUUCUGCAACUGGCUUAUUUCACCGAGCAUAAAAUCUUCAAGGUCUA